AUGUACUCCAGUUCUCUGUACAACAACGAUCGAAAUGUUUGGGACAUCUAUGAUCAGUGGGUUAGAGCUAAUGAAAAAGCUCGAGCCUACAUCUUAGCAAGUAUAUCUGAUGUACUUAAUAAGAAACAUGAGGUAAUGCCCACCGCCCGUGAGAUAAUGGCGUUGCUCCAGGAAAUGUUCGGGAAACCGUCAUCCUCUAUUCGACAUGAAGCCAUUAAGUAUGUUGACAGUACUCGUAUGAAAGAUUGGUCCAACAUUAGAGAACAUGUUCUCGAUAUGAUGGUCCAUUUUAAUAUUGCCGAGGCUCAUGGGGCGAUGAUAGAUGAGAUAAGUCAAAUGUCUGGCAAUGCGACAACAACUGGAGGUCUACUUGACAAAAAGUAUGAUGAGGCUAAAAAUAUCCUUGAUCGCAUUUCGAAGAAUCACGAAGAUUGGCGCGAAAGCGAUCAAUGA